AUGCGAUCGAGACUCGGAACCGAAAGUGUGGAAGAAGUUGCAGUCGCUAUAUCAGCAAAAGUCCCUAACAAGCAGGUUGUACUUAAGGCAACUAUUGUACCAGUAAAAGAUGAGUAUGUGGACUUCCAUAGGUAUUCUAUGCGCAGGAGUAGAAGUGCUGAACUUCUACCAUUAGAUCCUGAGAUAGAGCGCACCUUGCAUCGGUUGAGAAGAGAGAACAGAAGAAGGGAAGAAUUGCAGGUAGUUGAGAUGGCAGAUGAUGACAUCAACCGCCAAAUACAGGGUGCUGCCAGAGCACUUCGAGACUAUGCAGUACCUACUAUUAUGGGUUCUGCGAUCAGAAGGCCCACUAUUCCAGCUAAUAACUUUGAACUGAAGCCAGCACUCAUCCAGAUGGUUCAAUCAAAUCAGUUUGGAGGAUAUCCCAACGAGAGUCCUGAUGAGCAUAUUGCAGGAUUCCUCCAAUACUGUAACACGGUAAAGAUGAAUAAUGUCACUGAUGAUGUUAUUAGAUUACAGCUUUUUCCUUUCUCGCUUAGGGAUAAAGCGAGAGCCUGGUUCAAUUCACUGCCACAAGAGUCCAUCACCACCUGGGCCGACCUUUCAUCUAAGUUUCUCAGGAGAUUUUUCCCACCAGCUAGGACUGCAAGAUUGAGGAACGAAAUCACUAACUUCACCAAGUUCAAUGGUGAAUCACUUUAUGAGGCAUGGGAGAGAUUCAAGGAGGCAAUCAGAAAGUGCCCACAUCACGGAUUGCCAGAUAAUCUCCUAAUUGAGGUCUUCUAUCUUAGCCUGGAUGAUACAUUGAGGUCUCUAGUAGAUGCUGCAGCAGGAGGCGCACUGAUGGGUAAGAAUUAUGAUGAAGCAAGUGCUUUGAUAGAAGAGAUGGCCUCCAGUGCACAUAAUUGGCAGAAUGAAAGAAGUAAAUCAAGAGUGGCAUCAGUCAAUGACAUGGACACUAUUGCUAAUUUGACAACCCAGAUUUCAGCUCUCACUACCCAGGUUGCUUUUUGUGAGUUGUGUUCAGGACCACAUUCGACUCUUGAAUGCAUGUCUGGAAAUCCCUCGGCUUCACCCAAUGGAGAGCAAGUGAACUUUGUCAACAACUUCCAACGGAGUAAUCAAGGGCCUUAUUCGAACACUUACAAUCCCGGGUGGCGUAAUCAUCCUAAUUUCUCAUGGAGGAAUGAGAAUAAUGCACUUAAACCGCCACCUGGAUUCCAAAAGCAAGGCCCUGCUCAGAAUGCUCCACCUCAGCAAAGUCAGUCGAGAAUGGAAGAGCUCAUGUUGAGCUAUAUGCAAAAGACUGACACCAUGCUACAGAAUCAACAAGCCACUAUUCGAAACCUAGAGGGUCAGAUUAGUCAGAUUUCUCAGCAAUUGAGUAAUAGACCAUCAGGGUCUUUACCCAGCAACACUGAAGAGAACCCCAAGGGUGUCAAUGCUAUAAUGCUGAGGAGUGGCAAGGAAUUGGAAAUAGUCAAUAGAAAAGCUCAAACUCAGGAGGAGAGUCCGGAGAAAGACAAAGGUAAGCUAAAGGUGGAGGAACCAAGGCAGAAGUCACUAGGGGUGAAACCGUAUGUUCCUCCUGUCCCUUUUCCAGGAAGAUUGAAGCAACAACAGUUGGACGCCCAAUUUGCUAAAUUCCUAGAUGUUUUUAAAAAGCUGCAAAUCAACAUUCCAUUUGCAGAAGCACUCCAGCAGAUGCCUUCAUAUGCUAGAUUCAUGAAGGAUCUGCUCACUAAAAAGAGGAAGUUUGAUGGGAGUGAGCCUGUGAUGCUUACAGGAGAGAAACUUGGACUUGGAGAAUGCAAGAAAACUCAUAUUACCUUGCAACUUGCUGACAGGAGUAUCAAAUAUCCAAAGGGUAUUGUUGAGAAUGUCCUGGUGAAGGUAGACAAAUUCAUAUUUCCAGUCGACUUCAUAGUCUUGGAGAUGGAGGAGGACAGAGAGGUGCCCAUGAUCCUUGGCAGACCGUUCCUUGCGACAGGUAAAGCAUUAAUAGAUGUGGAACAAGGUGUGGAUACAAUGGAAUCAGUCCUUAGGGAUCUGGACGAUUGGAGUGAUGAUGAUGAGCAUGAGGAAGAAUCUGUGGAGAAGGUAUCAGAAAUCAAGGCUCGCUACUAUGAGGAGCUGGGCACUAGUGCGACAAAACCAGUAUCAUCUUUGACACAGUCCCCGGUGCUAGAACUUAAACCAUUGCCUAGCCAUUUAAAAUAUGCCUAUCUUGGAAUAGAUGAUACUUUGCCAAUAAUUAUCUCUUCUUCCUUGACAGGUGAUCAGGAGCAACAGCUCCUAAGCGUGCUGAGAGAGCACAAGGAGGCAAUAGGAUGGACUAUUGCAGAUAUCAAAGGGAUCAGCCCUUUGAUUUGCACUCACAGGAUAAUGUUGGAAGCUGAGUGCAAACCCAUAGUGCAACCACAGAGGCGACUUAACCCAACUCUCAAAGAGGUAGUGAAGAAAGAAGUGCUUAAACUGUUGGAUGCAGGUAUUAUCUAUCCUAUCUCAGAUAGUAAAUGGGUUAGUCCUGUUCAAGUAGUGCCCAAAAAGGGUGGUAUGACUGUGGUUAAAAAUGAGGUCAAUAAAUUAAUCCCGACUCGUACUGUGACUGGGUGGAGAGUUUGUAUAGAUUACAGGAAACUAAAUGAUGCUACCCGUAAAGACCAUUUCCCCCUCCCCUUCAUUGAUCAGAUGCUAGAAAAACUUGCAGGGCAUGAUUAUUAUUGUUUUCUAGAUGGUUAUUCUGGUUACAAUCAGAUUCAUAUAGCACCCGAGGACCAGGAGAAAACCACAUUUACUUGUCCUUAUGGCACUUUUGCCUUUAGGAGAAUGCCUUUCGGUCUCUGUAAUGCACCUGCCACUUUCCAGAGGUGCAUGAUGUCUAUAUUUUCUGACAUGAUAGAGAAUUUUAUUGAAAUAUUUAUGGAUGAUUUCUCUGUUUUUGGGAAGUCAUUUGAAUCUUGUCUGACAAAUUUAGGCUGUGUGCUUAAAAGAUGUAAGGAGACUAAUCUGCUUCUGAACUGGGAGAAAUGUCAUUUUAUGGUAAGAGAGGGUAUAGUCUUAGGUCACAAGGUGUCAAAGAAAGGGAUUGAAGUUGAUCGAGCAAAAGUGGAGAUAAUAGAGAAGUUGCCACCACCCACUUCAACAAAAGGAGUAAGGAGCUUCUUAGGACAUGCUGGCUUCUACAGGAGAUUUAUCAAGGACUUUUCUAAAAUCUCUAGACCUCUUUGUAAUUUACUUGAAAAAGAUUCUGCUUUUGUUUUUAAUGACAAUUGUUUGCAGGCAUUCAAUUUAUUGAAGGAGAAACUCACUUCUGCACCAGUGAUCGUUGCACCUAAUUGGGAGCUUCCGUUUGAGCUGAUGUGUGAUGCCAGCGACUAUGCUGUAGGAGCAGUACUUGGGCAAAGGAGAGGUAAGGUAUUUCAUGCAAUAUACUAUGCUAGUAGAACUUUAAAUGAGGCCCAAAAGAACUAUGCCACAACUGAAAAGGAGCUUUUAGCAGUCAUAUUUGCAUGUGACAAGUUUCGGCCUUAUCUGAUAGGUUCUAAGAUCAUAGUAUACACAGACCAUGCUGCCCUGAAAUAUUUGUUUGCCAAAGCUGAUGCUAAACCUAGGCUAAUUCGUUGGAUUCUACUGCUACAAGAAUUUGACCUGGAAAUUAGAGACACAAAGGGAACUGAAAAUGUAGUGGCUGAUCACUUAUCCCGUUUGGAAUCUGAUUGUUUAGAUUCACCCAUUAAUGAAAAGUUCCCUGAUGAACAAUUGCAUGUAGCAGAAAUCCAAGGAUUACCUUGGUAUGCUGAUAUAGUCAAUUACAUGGUUAGCAACAUCACACCAUAUGGUUUGUCAUCUCAACAGAAAAAGAAAUUUUUGCAUGAUGUGAAAUACUAUUUUUGGGAUGAACCAUAUCUGUUUAAAUAUUGUGCUGACCAAGUAAUUAGACGCUGUGUGCCUGAAACUGAGACUUGUGGACAGGUUGAGGUGUCCAAUAGGGAAAUAAAGCGUAUCUUAGAGAAAACAGUCAAUGCAUCUAGGAAAGAUUGGUCUUUAAAACUUGAUGAUGCAUUGUGGGCUUACAGGACAGCUUUCAAAACCCCCAUAGGAAUGUCCCCAUACAAGAUUGUUUAUGGUAAAUCAUGUCACCUACCAGUAGAGCUUGAGCACAAAGCAUAUUGGGCCAUAAAAUACCUUAACUUUGAUUUACAAGCUGCAGGUGAAAAGAGAUUGCUCCAAUUGAAUCAGAUGGCUGAGAUGAGAGAGGAAGCAUAUGAAAAUGCUAGGAUAUACAAGGAGCGAGCCAAGCGAUGGCAUGAUAGGAACAUCCUAAAGCGAGAGUUUUUGCCUGGUCAGAAAGUCCUAUUAUACAACUCUCGCUUGAAGUUGUUCCCAGGUAAGUUAAAAUCUCGAUGGUCUGGACCAUUUGUUAUUUCUAAUGUUUUUCCCUAUGGUGCAGUUGAGCUGAAGUCAGAAGAUGACCGCACUUUUAAAGUAAACGGUCAUCUUCUCAAGCAUUACUUUGAAGGGGAAAAUAUUGAUGGUGAUGCCACUACGGUGGAUCUAGCAAAUUCGGUUGAAGAAUUGGAAAAGUCGAACUAGCGACUAUAAACUAAGUGCUUCAUGGGAGGCAGCCCAU